GUGAAGAGUAUGGAUUCUGAAGAAGAGAUGCUUAAAAUCUUAUUUAAACAAGAACAUGGAUUUUUAAUUUCAAAGAUUAUGUUUACUGCCUGUGAGUUGGGAGUAUUUGAUCUGUUUUUGGAGUCAGAAGACACCUUGACCUCCGCAGCUAUCGCUGAACGCCUGGGCACCAGCAACGUGGGAAUGGAGAGGCUGCUGGAGGCCUGUGUGGGUUUAAAGUUACUAAGACUAGAGAAGAAGGACAAUGAAGGUCUUUAUGGAAACACAGACCUUGCCAACCUCUGCCUUGCUAAAUCAAGCCCUAAGUCUCAGUAUCAAUACAUGAAGUUCUGCUCUGAGCACUUCUAUCCAAAUUUAGAGUACUUGGCACAGGCUGUGAGGGAAGGAAAAGAACAGAUCCAAUCAAUAUGUGGCACUUCAGAAAAAGAUUUUUAUAAAGCCACGAGCAGUUCAAAGGAAGAACUGCAAAGAUUCUCCAGUGCCCUCGAGGAUGCCUGGAGUCUGUAUGGUGAGGAAGUAAUGUCUGCAAUGGAUCUUUCUUGUUUCCACAUUGUUUGUGAUUUGGGAGGAUGUAGUGAUGCGUUUGCGAAAAAAUAUAUUUCAUUGUACCCAAAUUCUACUGUGACCAUUUUUGACCUACCUGAAGUGGUGGAAACAACAAAGCAUCUUGCGUCAUCUGAGGAACAGCGGAUUACUUUCCAGGGUGGUGAUUUUUUUAAUGAUCAAGUUCCAGAAGCUGAUCUGUAUACAUUGGCUAGAGUUCUUCAUGGCUGGGAUGAUGAGAAAUGUGUAACUCUGCUAACUAAAUUAAACAAGGCCUGUAAACCUGGAGGUGGUGUGUUAAUAGUGGACACAAUUCUCAAUGAAGACAGAAAUGGGCCUUUAGAAGCCCACAUCUACUCCAUACUGAUGUUGCUUUACACUAAAGGAAAAGCACGGACCUCAUCUGAGUACAAUGCACUCCUUGGUGCAGCUGGCUUCAAGGUGAUUCAGUUCAAGAAAGGAAGACUCUUUGGUGUUGUUUUGGGAAGAAAAUAAAGUGAUCUCUCCAUUCUUAUUCAAGACCUUAAAGAGGGAUGGGAAGCUUUUGGCUGUUUGGAUGUUGUUGGACUCCACUUACUCUCAUCUCCCGAGUGGGUACCUGGCCAAUGGUGA